AUGGCUGAAGACAGCAACAACGAAUACACGCCUCUUGACUUAAGCAUGAAGGACAAAGCAACACCAAGUACAAGCCAUGACGGUAACCAAGGCGCUUCAUCUACAUUGGGCGCCUACACAACGAUUUCUGACGACACCUUGUGGUACCAGAGGAACACGCAGCAUCCGCCGAUGACCGACGAGACUUGCAACGUCGCCAGUGCCACUGACAAUGGCAGCACAAGUUGCCAGCCCCUGGUGUCCAUCAACGACGUCGAUAACGUAAGGCCCAGCACAAGCCGCGCUGGCAUGGAGAAAGCAUCAGCCAAUGUUGAAGACGGCGCCACGAAUGCUACUGGAACUGGAGGAAUGGAACAGCAAGACUCCUGCGGUGUCGAAGCAAGUGAUCAAUCGUCUGCCAAGAAGUCGACACACAAAUGCGAAAUAUGUGGCAAACUGACAAGAGAGGCUCGCAAUCUAGCUGCACAUUGCCGCACGCAUGCACGCGAGAAACCCUACAAGUGCGAAAGUUGUGAUAAAUCAUUCGCGCAUAGGCAGUCUCUCUAUAAUCAUCAACGGAUUCACGCAGGCGUGAAACCCCAUCUCUGCCAUAUAUGUACAAAACCAUUCAAAAGCAAAGCGGAACUUGAGAGUCAUCUCAAAUCACAUAGUAAGGACAGACCUUUCAUUUGCGACAUAUGUAAUCUGUCCUUUAAGCGAAACUGGCAUCUCCAAAGGCACCGCGAACGAUUUCAUGGGGACGAAAAGCCGUAUAUUGAGGAGUACAUCAACGACGAGUGGAAGGCGUUGAACAGACAGACCGAUGCCACUGACGUCAAUGAGCGACGAGUGAACACCUCUCCUGUUUUUUCGGGCAAUGCAGAUGCCACUGACAGCGGAAGCACCAAUUGCGCGCCGGCGGUGUCCUCCGCCAGUGCCGAUCACGCCAGGCCCAGUACUAGCCGCGCUGGCAUCGAGAAACUCUUGUGCACUACGAAAGACAUCGCGAGAAAAGCGCAUCUUAAAAAUAAUCUCGCCUUGCAUUGUAGCGACAAACCUUUCGUUUGUGAAAUCUGCAAUGUUUCCUUUACGCGCAACCAAAAUCUCAUAAGUCACCGCCAAUGCAUUCACAACAGUGUAAUCCCGUACUAG